CCACAUCCCUCAUUGUCUGUUUGAGCUCUUCCAUUGGCUCCAGACUGUGAGAAACUCUAACAAGCUCAAGCCUCACACAUUCAUAUGGAGAUUUGGGAGUAUAAAUAGAGGAGCUGCAGCCAGUACAAAUCAGACUCACUCUGAACAGAGAGAUCUACAGCACAGAGAUCCAGACAUGACACCUACAAUCAUCUCAAAGGAGCUUCUCCCUCUCAACAACAAGCUUAGAAAGCCAAUGGUGGAGAAGAUGCGCAGAGAUCGUAUCAACAGCAGCAUCGAGCAGCUCAAGUGUCUUCUGGCUCCAGAAUUCCUCAAGCAGCAGCCUGAUACCAAGCUGGAGAAAGCAGAUAUCCUGGAGAUGACGCUUAACUUCCUGCAGCGUCACGAUUCCAGUUCACAUGCUGUCAAUCAAGGCUUCUCCCGGUGUGUCGGUGAGAUUGUACACUUCCUGUCCAAAGAUGAGAUGAAGACACAAAGCCAGAGAAGACUGAUGGAGCACUUCCAGAAGCUGCAGACAUCAUGUGAGCAGAAUAAGAGGGAAAGUGUUCUGCCAGACCUGAAGAUCUUCAGCAAAGAGAUGAAUGUCAACAAGAGCGCCAUCUGGAGGCCUUGGUAGAGCCUUAAAGACACUAGUAGACUCUAUUAUGUUUAAGCUUUCCUUUUUGAGGAAAGGUUUUUAUCAAAUUCCAUUUUGGAAGUUCAUGAUACAGUGAAUAGAUGUAAUGCCUCUGGAUUCAACUUCAUGUGAUUCAACAUGUUUUAAAACAUUUCUGUUAUAGAAAGAAUGAAAUUUCCCAUCUACUGUAAUGGAUUAUUUAUUACUUAUUUUAAGUAACCUCAAUUUGUGCUUCACAUUGAAGCUAGAUUUAUUUUUAACCUCAUAAUGAGUCUUGUUGUUUCUUAUUGUUUGGACAAAUUGUCAGUUAAACAGUUUCUUUUAGAAACAAGUUUAUUUUAUAUACCCUUUCCUUUCAUAAAGGCAUGUAUUGUGAUGAAAACUAAGUUUUCAAUGACUCCCUUGUGUUGUAUCAACAUACUUGUGCGUUUGACUUUGCAUUUUCUCAUUAGAGAUUGAAUAAAUCAAAUUGCUCUUCAAUCA